AAAUAAUUUUAUACAUACAUAUAUACACAUAUUUUAAAUAAAAUGCACUAUACAUUGAAAAUUCAUAAUCCACUUGUAAAACCCGUAAAACAGAAUUGGUUUCUCUCACAGAAAAUGGCAGCCACCAUGAAGAAGAAUGUUGCGGUGGAAGAUGUAAACGUUACCUUUGAAGACCAACAGAAGAUCAAUAAGUUUGCCAGAAGCACAAAUCGUAUGACAGAACUAAAAGAUGAAAUUGAAGCAAAAAAAAAAUCGCUACAAAAUUUGGAGGAUGCCAGCGAUGACAUCAUGAUGUUAGAUGACGACACUUUGCUCAUCCCGUUUCAAAUUGGGGAUGUCUUUAUAAGUCAUACUCAAGAAGAAACACAGGAGAUGUUAGAAAAUGCAAAGGUAUUAUUGAAAGAAGAGAUCAAGGCACUUGAGGGCCGGGUUUCAUCAAUACAGGGAGUCCUAGCAGAUCUGAAAAUCCAACUCUAUGCCAAGUUUGGGAAUAAUAUAAACCUGGAAGCAGAUGACAGCUGAAUCCAUGAUAGGCGAACACCUUUAUGGCAUUUGAGAAACUUUCCAUGAAAAUCACAGUUUGGCGCCCCCUGCAGGGCUGUCCAUUAACCUGCCAAAUCUGUUUAUUAAUGUAAUUUCUCUCUUAGGGUAAUUUAUCUGCAUCUUAAUUUCUGUCAUGUGUAUUACCAGAUUAUUUGUGUAAACAUCUGAGGUUUAUUGGAUAAGAAUAAAUUCAUUCUGUGGA